AUGCCGCGUGUCUACAUGGACCUUGUGCUGAAGAGGAAUUCCAAACGCUACCGCACUUUCGUGCGGGAUCUUGCUAGACGUGGACUUCUUGGAGUGACUUCGAGGCCCGCCGAGUUGGCGGGCAUCUUCUUCGCGGCAAAGACGAGCCUUGCUCUUCGGCUGAUCAUCGACGCGAGGCGCAGCAACGGCCACUUCAGAGCGCCGCCAUCCGUGCGCCUUCUGAGCAGCGAGGGGUUCGGGCGCAUCGAGGUGGAGCUGCCGCCCGGGACCCACCCCUCCUCCGAGGAGGGCCGUCGCUUGCUGGACGCUUUCACCGCGUAUGGGACCGCGACCGACGUCAAGCACUGCGUCUACAGGAUGCGUAUCCACGAGGACCUCGGCCGGUACUUCUGCCUGCCGGCCGCCCCUGGGCACGCGCUCGAGGGGCUGCGGGUCGCCGGCUUCCCCACCGAGGCGGCUUCGGACGCGAUGGUGCACCCCUGCCUGGGGGCCCUGCCGAUGGGCUUCACGUGCUCCUUGCGCCUGGCCCAGGCCGCCAACGAGUACAGGGUCUGCCGGGGUGUCAGCCUUCAGGAGGCGGUGCCAGCUGGCCGUGAGCCGCCCCUGAUACAGGACCAGGCGGAGGCUUUUGUACUUCGCGCCUCGGCUCGAGGCGAGGGCGGGGCCUACGUCUACGUUGACAACUUGGGCGCCGUUAGCGGCGACGUCGCCCUCCGCGACAGGAUGGUGUCCGAGUGGAGCGAGUUGUUCGAGCCGGCCGGGCUGGCCCUCCACAAGUGGGAGUCCCACGGCGGCAGGGGGGAGGCCCUCGGCACUGAGCUCGACGGAAGGAGUCACGACUUUAAGUUGCUAGUCAAGAUACGUCGCUUCAGUGCGUGCGCCCUGGCCCUCGGUAUCGCCCCGUACUUUAGGCAGGGCGCGAGGCCUGCCGCGUGCUCGCAGGCGCUGCCGGCCGCGAAGGCGAAGACGAGAACGCUGGAGAGGCCGGGCCCCCCGCCCCCACCGAAGGUAAGGAGCGUUCGGGCCCGCCUGGAGACCAGCUCUGCGAUGCCGCCGCCGCCUGCCCCGCUGACGCUCGCCGACCUCGCGCCCGAGGCCUCCGCCGUCGAAGACGCGGCGGAAGGCGAGGGCGAGCUCGACACGAGCGGCUCCGACAGUGUCGCGAACCAUGCGAGCGCGGCUCAGCGGAGGUCCUGCGCCCUCCAGGACUCCGGGCGCCGACGGCGAGCGGCGCUCUACGCGGACCUGGUCACGCAGAGCAAUUUGGAGGGGGAAACAUUGCUGGAGCGCCUGGCGGUGACGCGCCGCACGAGGGACCGCUACGCCAAGCAUCUCGAUCGCUUUCACUCGCAUGCAGGCCUGACCGACGAGAAGCUGGCGCAGGCCAAGGACGAGCACGUGGACUGCCUCCUCUGCGACUAUUUCACCGCGAUGUACCUUGCGGGCGAGCAGAGCAGCCUCGGGAUCCAGACCGGGGCCGCGCUGCUGGACAGGCGGCUGGCGCCGUCUCGCACCCGCCGGGCCUUGCCCCUCGCAGUCUGGGCGGCCGUGAUGUGGCGCCUGGUGGACAAGGGGCUGGCGCUCAUGGCCCUGUUCUUGGCGGUCGGCCUCUCGGCCGAUUCGAGGCCCUCUUCCCUCCUGGCCGCCCGGAAGUGCGACCUGGUGCCUCCGUCUCGCGCAGCGGUGGACAGCUGGGGCCUCCUCGCACACCCGGAGGAGGAAGGCGGGCCGAGCAAGACGAACCGCUGCGACGAGGGCUGCCUGCUGGACUCGAGCUACCUGCGGGGUCUGGGCCCCCUCUUCGCCCAUCUUCGAGCUGCCGGGGGGGCAGAGAAGCUGUGGCCGUUCAACUAUCUGGAGCUCUUGGAGGCCGCGUCACUGGCCGCCGCCGAGGUCGGCGCUGGGAAGAUAUUGUUGCACCAACUGCGCCACUCAGGCGCCAGCGUCGACGUGGGCCGGCGCGCGCGGACGUCGGAGGAAGUCCGACGCCGCGGACGCUGGGCCCAGGCGCGGAGCAUGCACCGGCGCGAGCACAGCAGCCGUCUCAGCGCCGAGUACGAGCGCUACCCGCCAGACCAGAGGCGGCUGUACGAGUCCUGCGAAGUUCACCUCAUGCUGAUCAUGCUGG